UCGGAUGCACACCUCUCUCUUUGGCUCUUUUUAACUAAAGCAUUUAUAUUUUCAAAAAUUAAUAGUUUUAAUUCACUCUCUUGUUUGCUUUUUUCAACACCGAAAAAAGAAAAAAUCGAAAGCAAAACGUCUCAUCCCUCUGCACACUCACUUGCCGCCACCUCCGUUUCUUGGCCGCGUUGUCGAGGAUUUUUUGGCCGCGUUAAGGAUUCUGAGAAGCAAAUCAACCUGUCUACAGCUGCAGUGACCAGUACAUGUGCAGCUUCACAAACAAGUAAAUUGGGGUAGUCUCUCUGCGACCAAUUAGUUAGCUUAUCUCCGAAACAUGUUUAUCAAAGUGCAGUUGCCUUGGAAUGUUAUAAUCCCUGCCGAAAACCUGGAUGCCAAAGGACUGAUGCUGCAAAGGUCGAUUAUCAUCCGCCUGCUGGAAGAUUUUGCUAUUAAAAAGGCUACCAAAGAUCUGGGGUACUAUCUUGCUGUAACCACUUUGGAGAAAAUAGGGGAGGGCAAAGUGAGGCAGCAUUCAGGGGACGUUCUAUUUCCUGUUGUGUUCAAUGGCAUCACCUUUAAGAUCUUCCGUGGAGAGAUUCUAGAAGGGGUUGUUCACAAGGUGCUCAAACAUGGGGUUUUCUUGAGAUGCGGACCUAUUGAGCACAUAUAUCUCUCUUGCAUGAAAAUGCCGGAUUAUCACUACGUGCCUGGAGAGAAUCCAGUCUUCCUCAAUGAAAAGACGUCGAAGAUUGAAAAAGAGACAGUGGUCAGAUUCAUUGUUCUUGGAACAAAGUGGCUAGAGGCCGAAAGGGAAUUUCGGGCAUUGGUCAGUUUGGAAGGUGAUUACCUUGGACCUGUCUCCUAGAGCCCUUCUGUCUACUUGGCUAGAGAUGCUUGUAAAUCCCUUUUAUUUUCAUUUGGGCAAAAACUUAACUUAAAUGCGGCAUGCUGGUUGUUUCUCUUGGAGCUGAACAUCUGCCUGCAUGCCAUAGCUAUUAGUCAUGGACUCAUUUGUAUCUCGUAGAAGCUUUUUGGUUAUUGUUACUGUUAGUGGUUUGAUUAGCUACUACUCACUAUUGCAUUAAUAGUAAAGGUAUGCCGUUUGCUUGACCAAA